AUGGAACCCAACAAUUCAAUCAAUCAAAUCGACAAUCGCAUCGACGAUGAUGGUGAUCAGAACUCAUUUCCAAUCGAUUCAACACAAGUAAUCACACCAAUCGAUUCAACACAACUAAACCCUCUUUCCGAAUCAUCAGUUCUAGGGCUUUUUCUCCUUGCUCAUACGUUCUCAUACGAUAUUCAAAACCUCACUGAGUCUCUCCUUCUCGAAAUCCUCGCAAGAUUGCCCCUGAAAUCAAUUUUUAGGUUCAAAUGUGUUAGCAAACACUAG